AUGCUGGGUGACAGAGAAGAGGAGGAGGAUGACGAGGAAGCUUGGCUCCAGCUUCGACCUGUGGAGCCCUUGCCCUCCCAGUGCUGUGGCGGUGGCUGCUCCCCCUGUGUGUUCGACCUUUACCACCGAGACCUGGGGAGGUGGGAGGCAGCCCGAGCCAGCAAGGACAGGAGCCUGCUGAGCAGGGAGGAGCCCCAGAGCUGCCCCUCCAAUCUGAACCCAGAGACCUUCCUGGCCUUCAGCAUCAGCACUGUGGACAAGGUCACCAAGGAUACCUACUGUGCCCGAUUUGCACUGCCUGGGAACAGCCAGCUUGGCCUGCGGCCUGGCCAGCACCUCAUCCUACGGGGAACAGUAGAUGGCUUAGAAAUCCAGAGAGCAUAUACACCCAUUAGCCCUGCCAACGCAAAAGGAUACUUUGAAGUUUUAAUUAAGUGCUAUCGGGAGGGGCUGAUGUCCCAGUAUGUCGAGUCCUGGAAAGCAGGAGACACAGCUUUCUGGAGAGGACCCUUUGGAGGCUUCUUCUAUAAACCGAACCAGUAUGGUGAGCUCCUUAUGCUGGCUGCAGGCACAGGCCUGGCUCCCAUGGUGCCCAUCCUGCAGAGCAUCACGGACAACGCUGAUGACGAGACCUUUGUCACCCUGGUUGGCUGCUUCAAGACCUUCGAGGGCAUCUACCUGAAAACCUUCCUCCAGGAGCAGGCCCGCUUUUGGAAUGUCCGUACCUUCUUUGUACUCAGUCAGGAGGACUCCCUGGAGCAGCUCCCCUGGAGUUACCGAGAGAAGACGCACUUGGGCCGCCUGGCCGGGGACCUGAUAGCAGAGCUGAUUGGCUCCUGUCGCAGGAAGCCUUUUGCCUUGGUCUGUGGAUCCACUGAGUUCACCAGAGACAUGGCCAGGUGCUUGUUGAGUGCUGGCCUGGCCAAAGACUCCUACUUUCUCUUCUAG